CUCGGCUUUUGCCCCGGCAAACACAAAUUGCCUCUCUUUCUCUCUCUCCUCCUCACUCAAAUCUCAUGCUUAUGUUCUUAACCAGAACAAAGAUUCUGAAAUUUAUUAGAUUAUAAAGAAAAUUUCACAGAUUUUAGAUAUUUUAUUCAAACACAAUUGUAUUUAGUAAAACAUAAAAUAGCAAGAUUUGAGAAUGAGGGAUUGGGUUUUGAUUUUAGCGAUUGGAUUUGGUGUUUUUGGAAACUGGGUUUGUGGAUAUGAAGCAGAGUUCCAUUUCAAUACAACUGAAGUUGUUGCAUUUUUGGAAGAAUCUUCUGCUUCUGCUGCUAAUCCUCUAAUUGUUGGUCUCACUCUUAUUCCAGGAGCUGCUGCUAAAGGCGCAGUGUGCUUGGAUGGAACAUUACCCGGGUAUCAUUUACACCGUGGAUUCGAGUCGGGUGCAAACAGCUGGCUCAUUCAAUUGGAGGGUGGGGGAUGGUGCAACACCAUUAGAUCUUGCGUUUACCGAAAAACGACAAGGCGUGGAUCAUCAAAUUUUUUUGAAAAACAAUUGGCCUUCACAGGAAUUCUGAGCAAUAAGGCUGAAGAAAAUCCAGAUUUUUUCAACUGGAAUCGAGUAAAGGUUCGUUAUUGUGAUGGGGCCUCUUUUGCUGGGGAUACAGAAGAUAAGGCAAAUAACCUACAAUUUAGAGGGCAAAAAAUAUGGUUGGCAGCAAUGGAAGACUUGAUGUCAAAAGGGAUGCGCAAUGCUGACCAGGCGCUUCUUUCUGGGUGCUCGGCCGGUGGUCUGGCAUCUAUUUUACACUGUGACGAGUUCCAUUCGUUGUUCCCUAGAAGCACUAAAGUAAAGUGUCUGGCUGAUGCUGGAAUGUUCAUGGAUGCGACUGAUGUAUCCGGCGGACAUACACUAAGGGACAUGUAUGAAGGUGUUGUUACAUUGCAGGGGGUUGCUAAAAACUUAUCACCGACUUGCACCAGCCAAAACAACCCGACUUCAUGUUUCUUCCCUCAGAACAUAGUUUCACAUAUCAAAACCCCUAUGUUCAUCCUCAAUGCAGCCUAUGAUUCUUGGCAGGUCGUCUCGAGUUUAACUGCAGCAUCGGCUGAUCCUCAUGGUGCUUGGAAGGCAUGCCAGAAGAACCCCGGAAACUGUUCACCAGCACAGAUGAAUUUCUUUCAAGAAUUCAGAAACCAGAUGCUGGAUGCACUUAAGGGAUUCUCCAUGUCCAAAGAAAAUGGGUUGUUUGUAAAUUCUUGUUUUGCUCAUUGCCAAACAGAGAGGCAAGACACAUGGUUUGCAGAUGAUUCGCCAGUUAUUAACAACAAAGCGAUAGCAUUGGCUGUUGGAGACUGGUUUUUUGAUCGAUCGAGCGUGAAAGAAACGGACUGCCCAUAUCCAUGUGACAAGAGUUGUCACAAUCUGCUAUUCAGAUCAUAAGGCUGGAUAUAUAGUUAAGAAACAUCUUCAUUGGUUAUUUGUUGAACAUUUAUGGAUACAUGAGAAUGAAGGACAAAUUCAUAUAUGAAUAAACUGCUUGUGGCUGCACUCCCUACAUUCUGGCAAAGAAGUGGGGGUUAUUAUCCACAUAAUUGUGUUGUAACAGUAAUGCAAAGUAUAUUAUUGAUUGUGAUUUUCGUACCAUUUUUUUAAUUUAAAUUAUGUACCUGAAAA